GCCAAACCUCACCAUUAGAACUUUAUCAAUUCUACUGGAAGACUGUCAUCAUGUCUAAAAUCACAGUCGCCGGAGUGCGUACCAACGUACAAAGUCUUCUUGAGUACUCUCUCGAGACCAAGAAGAGAAACUUCCUCGAGACCGUCGAGCUCCAAAUCGGCCUCAAGAACUAUGAUCCCCAACGUGACAAGCGUUUCUCCGGAACCGUCCGUCUCCCAGUCGUUCCCCGCCCAAACAUGAGCAUCUGCAUUCUCGGUGAUCAACACGAUAUCGAUCGUGCCAAGCACGGUGGUGUUGACGCCAUGUCCGCUGAUGACUUGAAGAAGCUCAACAAGAACAAGAAGUUGAUCAAGAAGCUCGCACGCAAGUACGAUGCUUUCGUCGCUUCCGACACCUUGAUCAAGCAAAUUCCCCGUCUCUUGGGUCCCGGUCUUUCCAAGGCUGGUAAAUUCCCAACCCCAGUCUCCCACAACGAAGAUCUUAGCGGUAAGAUCAACGAAGUCAAGUCCACCAUCAAGUUCCAAUUGAAGAAGGUCUUGUGUAUGGGUGUUGCUGUCGGAAACGUCGAGAUGACUGAGGACCAAUUGAUCUCCAACAUCAUGUUGUCUAUCAACUACCUCGUCUCCUUGUUGAAGAAGGGAUGGCAAAACGUUGGCAGCUUGACUAUCAAGGCAUCUAUGUCUCCACCCAAGCGCCUCUACUAGAUUACCCUUCUCUUCAUUGAGCAAGUGGUAUGUGGUGGGAUUAUUGCGA